AUCUAUGGCGUAACAGUGUCCACAUUAACGAUGAUUGUACAAUGUAUUCCUUAGCUUUGCCUUCCAAACACGGCUAUUCAAUACAAUUUUCACCCUAUCUUCCCGACAGGAUAGCAUGUGCUGGAUGCCAAAAUUAUGGGAUUCUAGGUUCGGCAAAUGUGUUUAUUAUAGAUAUUGCAGCGUCUAAUUUAGUCAUCAAUAAAGUUUUUAACUGGAAUAAUGCUAUAUUUGAUAUCUGUUGGUCAGAAUGUAACGAAAACCUUCUUAUCGGUGCUGGUGGGGAUGGAUCAUUAUUAGUUUACGAUGUAAAACAGAACACUGAAAAUCCAGUAAGAGUUUUCAGAGAGCAUGAAAAGGAAGUCUAUUCGGUACAUUGGAACCAAACACGUCAACAUCAAAUGAUUUUAACCGCAUCAUGGGAUUUUAGUGUAAAAAUGUGGGAUGUUCUUAGUUCAUCCGAAUCUUCUAUAGCCACUUUUCGACACUCUCAAGCAGUAAUAUAUGACGCCCAGUGGUCCCCGUUUAACGCUCAACAAUUCCUCUCUGUCACUGGUGCUGGUUCUGGUUUCAUUUGGGAUACGAGAAGCAAUCAGGCACCAGCUGUUGCUUUAGCGAAACAAGAAACUGAAAUUUUAAGCUGUGAUUGGUGUAAAUAUGACGUAAAUGUUGUAGUUACAGCUUCUACGGAUGGAGUAAUACGUGUAUGGGAUGUACGUUCCCCUAACCGAUGUACUUGUGAACUCGUUGGUCAUGAAAUGGCUAUUCGGCGAGUUAAAUUUUCGCCCUUUUCACCUAACAAGAUAAUUUCUGCAUCUUAUGAUUUUACAGUAAAAACGUGGAACUUUCAACAGCAACCGUCUCCCUUAGAAACGUUUAAACAUCAUACCGAAUUUGUUUAUGGUCUAACUUGCAAUUUACAUAAACCAGGAAUAGUCGCGGACUGUUCCUGGGACAGAACAAUUAAAGUUUAUCAAUGUAAUAGCAUAAUACAAAAAUAA